CUGUGAGCGUUCACACUGCCUGCAGGGAACAGCUCUGGAGAAGAGCGGUGCCACACCAGGCAGUGGAGACUUCUUCGUUAGAUGUGUCCAGUUUUCUACAUCUUCUGCUGCUUUGGGAGAGUUCUCACUCCCAAACGAAGUUUUGCAGGCCUCAAGUCAAUGCAGUCUUUAUAGGGUUUACAGGGAAGAUCUCAUCAGUUUGUGCUGCAGGAGAACCAUGCAGCCCCGCUGUGGCGUCAGUGUGUGCCAUGUGCUUAUGUUGGUGCUGUGUCUGUCUGCGGCUGAGGACUUCGACUGGACAAAGAACAACCACGGCUCCUUCUAUUAUGGCACUUUUCCAACUGGAUUUUCAUGGGGUGCCGGAGGUUCAGCCUAUCAAACAGAAGGAGCCUGGGACAAAGAUGGAAAAGGACUGAGCAUCUGGGAUGUGUUCAGUCACAAAAAGGGCAAAAUCCAACUUAAUGACACGGGGGAUUCCUCCUGUGAAAGCUACUACAAGAUCAAGGAUGAUAUUUCUCUAAUGAAGGAGAUAAGGCUGAACCACUAUCGUUUCUCUAUCUCAUGGCCCAGAAUUAUUCCCACUGGUGUAAAGUCUGACCAUGUAAACGGAAAAGGAAUACAGUACUAUGAUGAACUAAUCAACCACCUAUUGGAGAACCAUAUCACUCCCAUUGUUACGCUGUAUCACUGGGAUCUGCCUCAGGUUUUACAAGAGAAAUAUGGUGGGUGGCAAAACAUAAGUAUGGUCAAUCAUUUCAAUGACUUCGCCAACCUUUGCUUUGAAAAAUAUGGCGAUAGAGUGAAGCACUGGAUCACUUUCAACAAUCCCUGGUCUGUGGCUGUUGAAGGUUAUGAGACAGGUGAGCACGCUCCUGGGCUGAAGCUGAGAGGAACUGGGGCUUAUAGAGCUGCACAUCACAUCAUAAAGGCACAUGCCAAAGUUUGGCACACUUAUGAUACACAAUGGAGGGGAAAACAAAAAGGUCUGGUGGGCAUCUCUUUGUCGGGGGACUGGGGCGAGCCGGUGGAUAUCAGCAACCAGAAAGACAUUGAAGCAGCAGAGAGAUAUGUACAGUUCUAUCUGGGCUGGUUUGCCACACCCAUCUUUCAUGGAGACUACCCUCAAGUAAUGAAAGACUUUGUCGGAAGGAAGAGUGUGCAGCAGGGACUUGGGACAUCUCGACUGCCUGCGUUUUCUUCACAAGAGAAGAGUUACAUAAAGGGGACGUGUGACUUCCUUGGCAUCGGCCAUUUCACCACCCGGUACAUCACCCACAGGAAUGAUCCAACAGGCCGUAGCAGCAACAGCUACUUCACAGACCGUGACCUGGCUGAGCUGGUGGACCCGCGGUGGCCUGAUCCUGGGUCAGAAUGGCUCUACUCUGUGCCAUGGGGUUUCAGGCGUUUGCUGAAUUUUGUCAAGACUCAGUAUGGGAACCCGAUGAUUUACGUGACUGAGAAUGGAGUUUCUGAGAAGAUGAUGUGCACAGAGCUGUGUGAUGAAUGGAGGAUACAAUAUUAUAAAGACUACAUCAAUGAGAUGCUAAAAGCUAUAAGAGAUGGAGUCAAUGUAAAGGGCUACACUGCAUGGUCUUUGCUGGACAAGUUUGAGUGGGACGAAGGUUACUCCGAGAGAUUCGGCUUGUACUAUGUGGACUUCAGGAACAAAAACAAACCUCGAUAUCCGAAAGCUUCUGUGCAGUUUUACAAACGGAUCAUCAGCUCCAAUGGAUUUCCAAAUCAAAGAGAGGUUGAAAACUGGAGGAGGAAGGCUGUUGAGAUGUGUUCUUCCAGCAACCAGCUACUAGCAGCAGAGGAACAGCGGAGUACUGCUGCCAAUAUUCUAAGACUUAUACAUGACCCGCUGACCAGCCACAUGGAGAUGGUGACUGAAAUUGUCGUCCCCACAGUGUGCACGCUCUCCAUAUUGAUCAGCGCCGUGUUGCUCAUGUUCCUGCUGCGAAGAAGGAACUAGGAGGCGUUUGAAGACACGAACAUGCUCAUGCAACUUUACUGCUUUAUUUCUUUACUCAUUUUUGUGUGAAUACGAGUACAUUUGUGAGCUGACUUUAAAUUGAAAUGCUGACUUUAUUCAUUUGAUGUGAAUUCAGUGUUUGCUGAGAGAAAUUAAACACUGCUUAAGCAGAUAAUGUAGAACCUAGAAGCAGAGAUUCUGAUAAAUGCAUCAACAACAUGCUGUAUUGUCCUGUUGUAUGAAAAGGCUGUUGCAAAAUACCUUCAUUUGUGCUUUUAUCAAUAUUAAACUUUGUUCAACAGA